AUGUCACUUAAUCUGACGGCUGCGCAUUCAUCUCGCAUAAAGAAGCCGACUUCAGCAUCGCGGCAGAAAACCCCCUUUGCCUCAUUUCGCCGUGCCAAGGCAGCUUCUACGCCGACUGCGCUUCAUAGCAAAGGCAAGCAGCUCGAAGCCAACCUUCACCAGACGGAGGAAAGAAGUAGAAGCGCCUCGAGACAUAGUACCAGUAGCAGUACUACCGGUGGAGAUGUCCUCUUCGAUGAGGCGUUGCCGGACCUGGGUCCUUCGAGGGCCAUUACGGAGUCCAUUGCCAUCAGCAGUGUGACUCAGGCCAUCCAGCAUAUCCAGAGCACCAUGUUCAGUGCCAUACCGGAAAGGAGAUCAGGCAUGAAUAGUACGCGGAUAGCACAGAUCAUGGCAUUCAGAAAGUCACUGCCUCCGAUCGUGUCUGUGGCACAUGUACAUGUUCUGCUUGACGAUCCUACAAAGGUCGAGCGAGAGAUUGUACAGCUAGUUGACUCAGCUGUUGUACGCAGGCUGCUUGUAACUGGACGUGGAGAUGGGACAUACGGACUCGGCGACUGCCUUGUUCUGCUCGACGACUGGGAGAAGCUGGUUAGAAAUAGCACGUCGCUGGACGAUGUGUUGAAAGGUGAGAUCUUACCUUCUUUUUUGUCUGAUAUAUAUUCUUGUAUCAUGUCUAACAGCUGCAUAGACCGCUUCAUUGAGGCUCUACGGAAGGAAACCAAAUCCCCUGCUGUCCCUGCUGGUUUCUUUUCUGCCGAGGAAACUGCUGCACUGGUUCGUUCAGGUUUCCUGGUGACGGCCUCGUCUCACUCCAAGAGCGGUUACAUAAAUGUAGGUCGCUCGACGACUUCACCCUCCGCAAAUCGUGCUGUCCACUCAUCAAGUGAAAGAGGGUCAACAAUGAUUCUCUCCUUACCUAAUAUGGGGCCUUACCUCAGGCUUCUCGGAUCUGCACGUACCCAGAUCCUAGACACACUGAGGAAAUCUCGAUACAGCGAAGCACCUCUCUACCUGAUUCGUGACCGGUGGGACGGCUCUAUUGAGCUAAGCUCUAGGGUUAGCAUAGCAAAGCACAUUCGCGGAGAGUUUGCGGGUGUCUUACCUGGCCGAACAAACAAGUGGAAACAGCUCCAUGGCUUGAACUUCCAAUGGGCGCUCGAAGAAGCCCUGGCAGUACUGGACAAGUAUUCUCAUGCAGCUCCAAUUUCAACAGUGAUACCCCAAUUUAUAUACAGUAACGAAUAUGCAACGCCUGUACGAUUAACCUGUGGCCACGAUAGCGCCUUCUUGAAUAUAUAUAAGUCAUCGACUAUACGUCAUUCUAGGGAGGCUCUUUCCCUUCUUCCAUUGUGUUUACCUGAUGUUUUGCGUUCCGGUGGCUCUUUCUGGCUAGGUUUGUUAUUAUUUCCCAGCCAGCAAAGAAAUAGAAGAAAAAAAAAAACAUUCGGUUUCAAUGUUUUUCUUCCUUUUCUCCUUUUCUCCCUCCUCGGUCCACGCUCGUUGAUCAAUAUUGGUGUCUAUAUAUAUAUAUAUUGUUAUAGAUAUUUUACUGACCAACCAGACUCUCGUUUGAUUGCCCCUGUCCUUCGUUUCAUUACACCAUUUGCAUAUGGAACUUUCCCACCUCCGCCGCCAGAUUCUGAUGAACAAGGGGAUUCAAAUAUACCAGAGCAAGGUGAUGUUGCUAAUACAUCGCAACCGACCAAUUCUUCUGCUGCACAACCACAGCCUCGUGGGGAUGGUGAGGCAACGGAGCAUGCGUCAGGGCCACAGGCUGGCAUAUCAAACUCAUCCCAGGCAGGGCCUUCUACGGCAGCAACAGAGCCCUCCGCAGAAGUAGUUGCUCAAGUUGAUGUCACAAGUCCAGUCCCGGUAGAGUCUUCCACGGAAGCAAUGGGACGUCCAUCAGAGCCUAUUGAUCCGAUUGGCACAAGUUCAACCCAGGCAGAGACCUCUCCAGCAGCACCAGAUCGCCCAAUAAAGCCCGUUGCCGAAGCCGGUGUUACAAAUUUAGCACCAGUAGAGCCCCCUACAGAAUCAAUAGAGCGUCCAUCAGAGCGCCUUGUUCUGACGGGCAUAACGAACCCAACUCAGCCUGAGACUUCUAUCGUGGCGACGGAGCACCACCUGGAGCCCAUUCGUCAAGUUGAAAACACAAACCCCGCCCCGGCGGAAUCUCCCAGAGCGACAGAGAGCCUGUCAGAGCCCGUUGCUCAUAUUAGCACAUCAAACCCAGCCCAGACAGAGAUUUCCGCAGGCCCACAUCAGCCCACCGAAACAAGAGCGACCCAAACGGAACACUCUGUAGCGGGAGGUCGCAGUCAAACGGUGUCUGCACCUAGUUUUCUGGCAUCUGGAGGCAUCGAGGCACCGACUGACCGUUCGUCAAGACAGUCCGAACCAGAGGAGCGCCGGGGAAGGGCACGUUAUCGAGGUGAACAACCACAACGUUUUCAUACCCCAGCAGCCGGUCCUGGACUUGCCAUAACCGGAACCCAUGGCGAAUUCGCUCGACUUGACCCCGGAGAUGAACCUCGACCCCACCAGGGUGUUUUACCGGAUUAUGCGCACCCUAGACCAAUUACCGCCGCUCAGCUUCCACCUUGUGCUGCAUUCAGGACAUCAUACAAUGUAACAGCCCCCGAGUUUGAUGCAUUUUUGCAAAAGGCCUUAGACGAUGCGUUCCGAGCACUUUGCCAAAGGGGUCCAUCUACAAGGCGCGGCGAGAGAUAUCCCAGACCACGACGCUCUCCUGGCUGUAAGGCCAAAUGCUACUUCGCCCACCAUCAUGUUGUCAGGGACCUUGACCCAGGUUGGUUGGACGAACUACGAGAUCACCGGGAUGAGAUUCCGCGCGACGCUGAAGAGGACUGGUUUGGCAGGAAAUCUGAGCAUAAGGACAGGGCGAGUCGCGGCAAUGCUACCUUUGAAGAUAUGAGACAGUACUGGAAGAACAGACAUACUACACAUCUUCCGGAAUAUGUGCCUGGAAUUAAAGUGACCAAUAUACACACGUACGAUUGCGAGGACGUGCAACUCGUCAACUGGAGGGACGUCACUGCAGAAAGUGAGUACAAGCCAAAAAGAAACACCUCCCAUCCUCUUCUAGCAAGGCUGUGCUGA